AUGUUUUUUGUGAAAGAUUUCACACACAUCAUACACUUGAAUCCUUGUUAUCUGGGCCCAAAAAUACAAUCAUUAAUAAAGGAUUACUUGUACAAGACAAUAGAAGGAUCUUGUAAUGAUAGUGGGUAUGUCAUAUCAGUGCUAGAAAUAGAUGAUGUUAGUGAGGGAACUGUAAGCUUAAACGGGGCAACAAGCUUUAAAAUAAAAUACAAGGCUCUGGUUCUAAAACCUUUUAAAGGCGAGACCAUGGAAGCUUCUGUUGUUGAGAUAAAUAAAAUGGGAGUUUUUGCGUCAGUAGGACCCCUCACUGUUUUUGUAUCUAAUCAUCAAAUUCCCAGUGAAAUACAAGAAGGAGGGUUACUUAAAGAUUCAAUCGUUAGAUUGAAGAUUAUUGGCACAAAAAUAGACUCAUCUAAAAUUUAUGCAGUAGGUACAUUAAAUGAUGAAUAUUUAGGAAUUCUUUCAUAG